UUCGGUACAUGCGUGAAGGAGACAACAGAGAGAAAGAAAUGGCGAUGGUGGCACCUUCGAAUCCUGAGACAGAGACUGAAACUGAGAACAAAGAAAACCCUAAACCUUCGGAUGGUCUGAAUCUAUCUGGGACCCCACUCGUUUGCCUUUUUAGAUUCGCCGGUGAUUCGGCCGCUGGUGCUUUCAUGGGUUCAAUCUUUGGCUACGGUUCAGGAUUAGUAAAAAAGAAAGGUUUUAAAGGAUCUUUUGUGGAGGCAGGAUCUUCUGCCAAGACAUUUGCAGUUUUAUCUGGAGUCCAUAGUCUGGUUGUCUGUUUCUUGAAGAGGCUACGUGGAAAAGAUGAUGUCAUCAAUGCGGGUGUAGCUGGAUGUUGCACAGGCCUUGCUUUAAGUUUUCCAGGUGCACCACAGGCUCUUCUUCAGAGUUGCCUUACGUUUGGAGCCUUCUCUUUUAUUAUUGAAGGUCUGAAUAAGCAGCAGCCAGCACUGGCACAUCCACUCUCACUGAGCAAGAGUAGCUACACACACAAUGUUCUUCCUCCCUUUACGCUCCCGCUGCCCAAUGAUCUAAGAAAAGGCUUCUUUUCAUUUUGGCAGUCCUUAAAACAACCCAAGAAGGGUUCAUACCCAUCCACCUGCUAGAAAUCUCAGGUGUAC